AGCCUUGUAAAAGAUCAACUGCUUGCUUUUGUUAGUGAACUUUCUAAAUGAGAUUCAGAAAAGGAAGUAGAGUUGAGGUUUUGAGUCUCAAAGAGGCACCUUAUGGUGCGUGGCGAGCUGCCGAGAUUCUUUCGGGUAAUGGUCACAUUUACUAUGUUAGAUACUACUCUUACGGGCUUGCAAAGGACGCCCCAUUGGAGGAGAGAGUUGCAAGGAAGAGCAUCAGGCCGUGUCCUCCGCAAAUUGAUGUACAAGACAGAUGGGAAGCUGGUGAGCUUGUUGAGGUUCUUGAUAACGUUUCUUGGAAAACCGCUACGGUCCUCGAGGAGUUGUCUGGAAGAUACUAUGUGGUUCGGUUGCUUGGUGCAGCACUGGAACUAACGGUUCAUAAAGUUAACCUCAGGGCUCGACAAUGUUGGCAAGAUGAAACAUGGGUUCUGAUUGGAAAGGUAUCUUGUUCUGUGAAGUCCUCGACGCUGACUGGAUCAGAUGUAAACCAGAAUAUUAAGCCACAUGAGAAGAGUGUUGUUUCUGUAAGAGUGUUAAAGAGACCUUCACCCUGCGAGUCGGCUGAAUCAUUCACGGGAAGUCCUAAGAAGAAGAUGCGAUCCAUGGAGGAAGGUGAUGCUGCUUGGUGUGGUAAACUGCGUCUGCAAGCUUCUGUUAACAAUGGUUUCCGUCAAAUGGUGAGUGUAAGAUCAAAAAGGUCUAGUGAAUGUGUUGUUGGUACAGGAAGCUCAGUCUAUAAUGGUUGUUGUGAUACUGAUGCAUGCUCGGUUGGUAGUUGUAGCCCUAUUAGAUAUGAUGAGAGUGAUACAUCAGCUUCUUUUCUAGAUGGCUCUUCUAGUCAAGACGCCGACCCUUGUAGUAGUGAUGCAGAAUCUUCAAAAGGAUGCAGAGAAGAAGCAGUGAGGAGGCCAUGUAGGCCCGAACUAUACACAUACCGUAGAACACUGGGGAAGUUAUUUGCUUCGGGACCUUUGGAUUGGAAUCAGGAAGCAUCACUAACCGAUCUCCGACUUUCUCUAAAUAUAUCAACUGAUGAACAUUUGAUGGAGAUAAGAAAUCUAAAGUGUUGGCAAUACUUCCCUGCAAUGUGGAAUCAAGUGUUACAUAUUGUUGUUUUACAAGAGGGUUCUUAUAGUGAUUGUAUAGGCAAACAGAAUGGAAGAAAGCAUGAACAGGGUAGCCCUGUUGGGUACUUGCUUCUAGAGAUCUUACUCUGAUAAAUGGGGUUUACAACCGCGAUGCCCCCUUCUUCCUCAAACACAUAAGUUCAAACUAUGACGCUGUUUUUUUUCCUGUUCUUUUUGGGUUGUACAUAACUCAUCUGUUUCAGGUGUUUUUGGACCAACUCUGUUGUGCACAGGCAUUGAACUGUCGUCCAAGGAGAAACACUAACAGUGUAGCUUGAUAAGUUUUUCUGAUGAUCGACCAUGAAAAUCCCUGCAGUUAUUUGUUGAGAACUUGAGGGCACAACAUUUCAAGCUGAGAGAUAAGCCUAAAACAUAUCAAACUUAUCUAGCUUCUCGCUUGUCACCUUCAACUUUUGCCCUGCCUAAGCUAGCCGUGUGGAAAACGUACCAUUCAUCCAAGUACACAACGUCUCUGCUUUCGUCUGUUUUAUUUGAUAUUUUUUUGUUAUAUAAACUGGUAAGAUUGAAAUCUCCAAACUAGUGUAAUCAACCUGUAACGAUGAGCCACUCCCAAAGAAUACUGUAUUAUAGAAUUGCAUAGACGAUUACAACUAUCAACUGACACAAC